AUGUCGCAUAACUACAACGCAUCUUACCGCGACCCGUACGCCGAGCAGGGCGCAGAGUACCUGGACGAUCGCGGGAAUCCGACGUCGGCUCCACGCGAUGGCAACGCCGAAGGCUACUACCAGCAGUACAACAUGUACGGGCCGGAGAAGACGACACCCGCCGACGUCGACACAAAUGUCGGAGGCACAGAGCGUCUGCAGCCAGGUCGUUCCAACAUAGGGCAGGCGCCGAUGAGCAGCUUUGCUGCCAUGGGCCCACCGCCGCGCAGCACUGGUAUCCUCCGCAUGUGGCGUAAGGACGAGCGCGGCAAGCAGUGGACUCGGGGUGGCGGUGCCCGGAGUACUGGUCGUCUCGUCGUUUGCUGCCUAACGAUCACUCUGCUGAUCGUUCUCUCCAUUAUUCUCACAGUCCUUAUGUUUGUUAGACCACCUAGCAUCACCUUAAACAGCACCGACGUCAAUCCCGCGACAGCAGAGUUCAACCUCGACCAGAAGCACAUCAAUCUCGACAUUCAGCUCGGCAUUAGUGUCCGGAACCCCAACUGGUUCGGCGCCCACUUCAAGCAGAUUACGGCAACGGUCAAGUAUCCCGGUCUGGACAGCAGUUUCGGCGGUGGCACCGUGUGGAAUACCAACUUUGGAGCGUACACCGAGUCGACGUUUGACUUCCCGCUCAAGCUCAACUAUUCGACUGCCGCGGACCCAUCCGGCCAGAUGAUCAACGACAUUGCCGCCAAGUGCGGACUGCAAGGCAGCAAGGCCAAGGGUGACCUCACCAUCAACUAUGACCUCAAGCUGUGGCUCAAGAUUUUAUCGGCGACCAUCUCGCCCACAAUCUCGGGUACCCCUUCCUCGCGCAACCAGCACCUUCCACCCCCACUACCCACUACAGCCUAUAACCCCUUCCACCUUCCUCUCUCUCUCUCUCUUCUCUCCCAUACUCUCAUCUUCACCUCUCUCGCCCCUACUCCCCCCACAAAACUAAAUCUAGACAAAAUGGUUAAGGCUGUCGUCUGCGGUGCUGCUGGUGGUAUUGGCCAGCCUCUCUCGCUCCUCCUCAAGCUCAACCCCACCAUCACCGAGCUCUCGCUCUACGAUGUCGUCAACGCUCACGGUGUUGCGACCGACCUCUCCCACAUCAACACUCCCGCGACUGUCAAGGGCUUCCUCCCCGCCGACAAUGGUGCCGAGAAGGCCCUCGUUGGCGCCGACAUUGUCGUCAUCCCCGCUGGUGUCCCCCGCAAGCCCGGCAUGACCCGUGACGACCUCUUCAACGUCAACGCUGGCAUCUGCGCUACCCUCGCCCAGUCGAUCGCCAACGUUUGCCCCAAGGCCUUCGUUUGCGUCAUCUCGAACCCCGUCAACUCGACCGUUCCCGUCUUCGCCCAGGUCUUCCAGAAGGCGGGCUGCUACGACCCCAAGCGCCUCUUCGGUGUCACGACCCUCGACAUUGUCCGCGCUGCCACCUUUGUUUCCGAGGUCAUCGGCAAGCCCCAGGACGCGCCCAAGUACACCGUCCCCGUCGUCGGUGGCCACUCUGGCCACACCAUUGUCCCUCUCCUCACCCAGUCCGACCCCCAGAUCCCCGCGGCGGUCCUCAACGACAAGGAGAAGCGCGACGCUCUUGUUAACCGCAUCCAGUUCGGUGGUGACGAGGUCGUUAAGGCCAAGGACGGUACUGGCUCGGCCACCCUCUCGAUGGCUCAGGCCGGUGCUCAGUUCGCCAACUGGGUCAUUGACGCCGCAUUCAACGGCAAGCAGCGUGUCAUCCAGUCGUACAUUGACCUCUCGGCCGCUCCCGGUGGUGAGGCCAUCAAGAAGGAGAUUGGCGGCAGCUGCGAGUUCUUCUCGGUCAACGUUGAGCUCGGCCGUGACGGUGUCCAGAACAUCCUUCCCAUCGGCAACAUCGACGAGGCUGAGCAGGCGCUCAUCAAGGGGGCCGUUAGCGAGCUCGGCCCCUCGAUCAAGAAGGGCCUCGACUUCGCGCCCCCCGCUCCCAAGCAGUAA